AGACAUUGGGUCCCAUUAGAUAUUAAUCUUCAGUGAGUGUUAAUAUUUCUACUUCAGAUGAAUAUCUACAAAGACCGGUGGACAAAAUUAAUCCUGAUGAUGUUUGUAAGCCACAUCAUUUUUGUGAUGAAAAUGGGAUUCACCCUUGUGGAUAUGGGUUCUGGCACGAUACUGGUGUCAUUGGGUCUUCCAAUUGUGCUACUUGUCCUGCAGGCAUGUAUUGCUUUAAUGGAAAAAUGUCUUGUGAACUUGGCUACUCCUGUGCUGCAUUAAGUCUGCCGAAGGAACCAGCACCAGGCUUUUAUAACCCUAAUCUUGGAAUGAGUGCUUCAGUGAAAUGUCCUGCCGGUUACUACCAGCGUCAUAUUCAGCAUAUCAAGUGGCACUGGAGAGGUAUAUCUCAGUGUACAGAAUGCCCAGUGCACAUGUUCUGUGACAUUGAACAGUUGUCAGGACCAGCGGGUUUCUGUGAGGAUGGCUACUACUGUGAGAAGGGUGAGCAACAGCCCAAACCUUCCGGGACAAAAUGUGGUCCAGGUGAAUACUGCGUGAAAGGGAGAAAAUUUCUCUGUGAGAAAGGUUUCUAUCAACCUUAUGGAGGAAGACACGAAUGUUUCGAGUGUCCGGAAGGAAUGUAUUGUGUCACUGAAGGACUCGCUGCUCCAAGUGGGCAUUGUGACAUGGGGUUCUAUUGUGGUAAACGAGAGAUAGAGUCUAGCCCCGCAACGCAGAAAUGCCCUGCAGGAUAUAUGUGUCCCAAUGCUGAACAAACAAUAUGUAGCAAGGGAUACUACCAGCCAUUAGAAUACCAAACCAGGUGCCUCCCGUGCCCGUUAGGUAAAUAUUGCCAAGAUACCGGAUUAUCAAGCCCAAGUGGUGACUGUGAUCCAGGUUGCUGCUUAGAUAUUGCACAAAUAAAUGCAUCAUCUUGCCCACCAGCGUCACCAACUACAUGCACUCAGGGUUUUUAUUAUGACCAAAGUGCUGGUAGGUGUGAGUUAUGUCCGGAAGGAAUGUACUGUGCAAUAUCUGGUCUGACAGAUCCGUCAGGUUCCUGUGAACCAGGGUGGUACUGCGAGAUAGGGGAGAUUACUCCAAUGCCAUUAGGAAAGCUCUGUCCAGCAGGACAUCAGUGUCCUACAGGUAUCAAAGUGCCUUGUUCCUCUUGGGUACGCAAUUCAGAGCCUUAUGUUGGACAUACUCAGUAUUUAUACCAACCGGAACGAGGCCAAACCUCAUGUAUAGAGUGCCCGAAUAGGUAUAAUUGUACGGAACAAGGUUUGACAAUUGCAGAAAAUUAUUGUCGUCCUGGAUACUGGUGCUUCUUUGGUCUCAUACUUGACUGUGAAAUAGGCCAUUAUUGUGUAAAUGGUGAAAUGUUUCCUUGUCGAAAUGGGUUUAAAUCUUUAGCAACUAAUCAAGAGAGCUGUGUAAGAUGUAGUGACGGCGAACUUUGUGAGGACGGGCAAGUCUUGCCCUGUCCGGCAAACAUGGUCUGCUACCAUGGCAUUGCAGAAUUCUGUCAACUUGGCAACGAAUGCUCAUUUGUUGAUGGAGCUUAUGAACUUACACUUUGUGGUCUUAGUAGUGAGCGAUAUGACGUAAGCCAGACAGGAUGUGGGCCAUGUAGAGAAUUUAGGUACUGCUUGAAGGGAAACAGCUACGAGUGCUUUCGUAACCAUAUUGGCGACCUUUGCUUACAGAAUAAUCACUACAAGCCAGAAAUGAUAAUAAGUCAACCAGGAACGCAUUAUACACUGACGUAUGAAUCCCAAGACACAAACCGAGGUUAUGAUAUCAAACAGUGUGAGCCUGGUACCUAUCAGAAUACAACGUUUAAACCUUCAUGUGAGAUAUGUCCCGGCGGAAUGUACUGUACUGUCAAUAGAAUACAGCCAGAUGGUUAUUGCAGAGCGGGAUACUACUGUCCUAAAGGGUCCAAAUCUGAGACAGAAAUAGAAUGUCCAGCGGGAUUUUAUUGCCCAGCUAGAAGUGAAAUUCCUAUACAUUGUCCGAGGGGAAGAUUUCAACCAAAUUCUGGCCAGGGGAGCUGUCAUGCUUGCACCAGAAGAUACUAUUGCGCGACUCCAGGUCUUACGGCUGUUACAGCAAUCUGUCCUUCAGGUCAUGGUUGUGGGUCAGGGGUGGCAGACCCAUCACCAUGUGGGAAGGGAAGAUAUAAUCCCUAUAGAGGGAAAUUGAAUUGUUCCCCCUGCGUGCCUGGAACUUACUGUCCUGGACUAACAACUGGUUGGCCGGGACAUUGCCCCCGUGGUUACAAGUGUCCAAGUUAUGGGACUGUAACUCCUACACCGUGUGCACAGGGAACGUAUCAACCUUCUGGACGUCAGAGUUACUGUCGGAAUUGCACUAGUGGAUAUUAUUGUCCAACGACAGCUCUUCGGUAUCAAGAGAUUUGUCCCAGUGGUUCGAAGUGUCCUGAUUCAGGAAGUGUAAAUCACACACCAUGUUCAGAGGGAACAUUUCAGUCAAGUACAGGACAGACGAUGUGUUCAGACUGCACUAGCGGAAAUUACUGUCCUACAACAGGUCUUUCAGCACCAGUCAUUUGUCCAAGCGGCUCAAAGUGUUCUGCUGCAGGGAGUGUAAAUCCCACACCAUGUUCAGAGGGAACAUUUCAGUCAAAUACAGGACAAUCCACGUGUUCGGACUGCACUAGCGGAAAUUACUGUCCUUCAACAGGACUUUCAGCUCCGGUCAUUUGUCCCAGUGGAUCAAAGUGUCCUACAGGACUUGACUCACCAAUUCCAUGUAUUGCAAACACUCACCAGCCGGAGACGGGGAAAGAUAAGUGUGUCUGUAGUGACAGGUACUACUGCCAGAACACUGACGAAAAUCCAACACUAUGUCUAAGCGGCCAUUUCUGCCGGGAUGGUUUAAUGUCACCAUGUGCAGAGGGGACUUUUACCAGUAACAGCGGUUCAAUACAAUGUGAACCAUGUACACCAGGAUAUUAUUGUGAAACUCCGGGCCUAUCUACUGAAACAAAUUUAUGUUGGAUCGGACAUCAUUGUCCUGAAGGAGUUGUUGUACCGUCACCAUGUCCAAAUGGAUACUAUCAGGCAGAAACAGGGAAGUCCGACUGUACUAUAUGUCCAGUCGAUUAUUAUUGUAAUCGUACGGAAGCUGAGACAGAAAAGCAAAGUGGAACCUCUAAACCAACGCAUGGAGUAGUAACGCCAAAGAGAUGCAAACCAAAGAUGUGCCUCAAACCAGGGAUGUCAGCAGAAACCUGUGAUUUGGAUCCAUUUGAAAAUGGCACACUGGGAAUAAAUAUUAGUUGCAAACCUAGCUGUGGACAAUAUAUGACUACAUUCUCUGAUCUGAAGUUCGUGGCAAACUGUGACGGCUGUGAAAAUGAGGUAUCUUCGUACCAGUGGUCAAUCAGAGAGUGUUUUAGUGAAGAUAUACGGGAGUGUGUGCAUUGCGUCAACUUUGUGACAUUCCUCACCGAGUCUACAGGAUACUAUACUGUGAUACCUUACAAUGACAAACAAAGCUGGACGCAUCUUGCAGUCGUUGUAAAGGUUACGCUUAACGAUGGGAGGGAAGGCAUGGCUUCUCACAUUUGGCAAUAUUUCGAAGAAUUUCAAGUCGAUUGUCAAAUUUCACCAGUAACAGGAGUGGCUAUGGAGUCUGAAUUUACUGUCACAUGCAUUGAGCCUGAUCUACCUGUAGACACUGAUAACAUACGUUGUAGUAUGUCCUACGCAUACUCAGUAACUGGAGAUUCAAUAAUUUAUCAAACGAAUGAGACAUGUAACCACACGGGAAUAAUUUUACGACAAGGAGAUAAGACUAAGGACUAUCGACAACAUCUAAAAGUUGUCGGAAAGUACAUAGACCAUCGUAUUUGGAACGUACCAAUUCUGCUGCAGGUAGUAUUACCAGUUGUGACAACUGAAUCACUGGGGAAUGCAGUAGAUGACUUAAGCGGCAACCUUACCGAUAUGUCCAGUUCGGAGGAAGUUGUUGAAAUAUUGAACGAGUUGCAGGCUGUUACGUACGUUAUGAAUGAAGCACCAGCUGUCAGUAACGAGACAAGUUCAGACAAUAGUAGUGCAGAGAACAACAAAGAAAUUUUGAAAGAAAAAAAUCGGAAGAUUCGCGAGAACGUCGUUGCUGCAAUAACAAAGGUGAAUACGACCAAUGUAGAAGUGAUGGUAGCUGUUACGUCCACACUGAAUCAGGUCACGGUGCAGAAAGAGGAGCUUUCUACGGAAAUCAAAGAUCAAGCGUUUGAGAUGUACAAUUCAUUUACAGAGAAAUUUCAAGAGAUGGAAGAAACUACUUCUGAUGAAGAUGUCACUAAAACAGCCGCGACACUGUUGUUCGGCGUUGGAUCUAUUUUGGAUAUAACGACUGAUGAUUAUUUGAAGGAAGAUGAUGAGAGUAAAGAAAGCCAUGACACUGAAGACACAGAUCCAAUAAAAUCCGAUUCAGGUGGUGACAAAACUACACCGGCACCUAUCACUAAAGAGGGAAAUAAGCAACGAGUUAAAGAAAGAACAGAAAAGUUAUUAAAAAGUGUAGGAGUUAUAAGUGAAAUAGUCUUCAACAGACAGGAAGUUGAUAGUGAACCAGCUGUAUUUGAAACUCCUGUUCUGAGUAUAUCUGUUGCUAAAGUGUCCCCACAGAACUUGGUGGGAAAAUCGCUAAAGGCUGAAGAAGGCGACGAAGAUUCUACCACAAGUUUAGCUUUGCCUGAAGAUCUUGAUUUAUCAGAUACUGGUGGUUCUGUUCGUACUGAGUUUGUCUUGAUGAAAAGGAAUCCUUAUGUAUGGGGUGAAAACUCCAAGAAUAUUAAGCCACCUGUCGUGUCACUGGAACUGAAAGAUUCACACAACGAUGUAUUACAAAUUUCAAAUCUAUCUUCGCCAAUGACAGUCAACUUGGCACAUGAUGGUGGUCAAGUGGCAGGCAUAAUUAAAUUGCUGUUUACUGUUGAAAGAAGCAAUGGGAGUAUUGCACUUGCUCCGAGUCGGGGACGACCGUGUGCUGCGACAUUCGAACUCUCAGUGGAACGAGAAAAAGUGACGUCAUUUUCGCUGUCGUUACCAGGCAAUGUUACAGCAUUACUUUCUAUAGGAUUGUACACAAAGUUUGAUGUGACAAGUAUCUUAGGGUCAGGUUUUAGAUACCCGAAUGAUAGGAAAAUCAUUGGCCAGUUCUAUGGUAAAUUGUCAGAAACUGAUGCUGAAUUAUUUGAUAAUGCAACUAUGUACUGUGAAGCCUGUUCUGACAUUUGUUGCAACUCUACGGAGAUAUGCACCGGAUUUUAUGAACACUGCAUCUAUUACUGCAAACACGUUAUUCAGAAUAAUGCUACAGAAAAUUGUACUGAAAUAUUCAACGCAACAGUGUACUGUGACAGUUGCCAGAAUCAGUGUUGUAAUGGAACAACAAAUUGUACGGGUGUUUUGGAAAACUGUGUAUUCUUUUGUAGUCUGUACAGGGAGGAAAGUUUAACGGCUGACUGUCGAAACCAUUCAACUUACUCAAACUUUAGUGCAUUAGGAACCACAGUGAAGCAGUAUUGCGAAGAGUGUGACACCUUUUGUUGUGGUGGAACAGAAGAGUGUGUUGACUUGUAUUCUAACUGCAUGUUCUUUUGUUCAAAUUUUAUGUCUGAAAAUGAAACCUUAUCAUGUGAGAAGAAUCCUAAAUCCCUUGAGACCAUCUAUCUGUUUCCAAGGAAAUCCAGGAAAAAUGAUACAUCAUAUCAGAUGUAUUUUGCCCUGAGUGUUGAUCCAACAGACACACCUGUUUUAGAAUAUUUCUCACAGCUAGACCCAAAUUGCCUUGGAAAUGUGUCUGUGAAUUCCUGCACAGUUGAUAUUGAUCUACAGGUUCCUCUGAAGGUUUCAACAAUGGGCUGUGAUUUUUGGGAUGCAGCUAAUGAAACAUGGUCUACAAGUGGUAUGCAGAUAUCAAGGGAAAGUCAUGGUGACAUACUUAUCUGUACCUCGAGUCAUCUGACGGCUUUUUCAAAGACUAUGCUUGUCGCGCCAACUUUUAUUGACCCUCUUGACUUGGAGCUGUUUAGUAACUUCUUUGACAAUCCUGUGGUUGUGACAGUCGUUAUUGUCGUUUGGAUGUUAUACUUUUUCCUCAUUCACUGGGCUAGACAAAAGGACAAAUCAGACAGAGAAAAGGUUGGAGUGAUAUACUGUUCAGAUAAUGUAGCCACUCACACAUACAGUUAUAUUGUGUGUAUAACCACAGGAUGGUGGAAUCAAGCUGGAACAACAGCAAAUGUUUAUAUUUAUCUUAAAGGAGCACUAGAAAACAGCCCUAGAAAAUGUUUGAAAACGCCUGUAAGAAAAUGUUUCCAAACAGGUUAUGAAGAUUGGUUUCUUAUUACAACAGAACACAGCCUAGGUGAUAUAAAUUCGGUUACACUUUGGCAUGAUAACAUGGGAUCAAGUCCACACUGGUUUGUGAACCAGGUUUUUGUGAAGGAUAUCCAAAUGGACUGUUGCUGGACAUUUGUAUAUAACGACUGGCUAGCUGUAGACCGAGGGAAUCUGUUGAUGACAACCACUACGCUACAACCAGUAACAGAGGCAAAACUGAAAUUAAAAAGGAAAUAUAACUUUAUAGUCACAUCUACACAAGACCUUAGAGAUGGUCAUAUCUGGAUGAGCAUUUUCUCAAAGUCUGCAAGUAAUACUUUCACAAGAGUACAACGACUAACAUGUUGCCUAACAUUGCUUCUGACAACCAUGCUGACAAAUCUGAUGUUUUAUGGAAUUCCAACUGGCGAUCCAGAGGAUCAGCUUGUUACUGGUGGUUUCAGGUUAUCCCUCAGUCAAAUUGUUAUAGGCAUAGAAAGCGGUCUGAUAAUGUUUCCAGUGAAUCUACUUAUUGUGCAACUCUUCUCAAAAGUGAAGGAAAAACCACAAGAGGAAGAAUCACACAAACCAAUAGAACACUUCUUAGAGGCAAUCUAUGGACCAACAUGGCAGAAAGUAAUGAUGGACAUAAACAUACGGCUCAUGCUUCUGACUAAAACGCGUGAUACUGAAGGAAUGAAAUUUUUCACGAGGGUCCCAAGGCCGACGGAAAAGACAGUCUUAGAAGCUUACACAACCGAAAUUGAAAAGAAGAAAGAUGGGAAAAUAUUUCCUUGGUGGAUUGUUUACAUAGCAUGGACUUUAUCUGUUACAACAUGCUUAACUUCCUCUUACUUUGUCGCACUGUAUGGUCUUAAGUAUGGCUAUACCCGCAGCGUAGAGUGGCUGGUAUCCUUUUUCACAGGUUUUUUCCAGAGCGUAUUCGUUCAACAGCCAAUGAAGGUGUUGGGAAUAGCAUUCAUAUUGACGUUAGUAUUCAAGAAAACGGCAAGGUUUGAUGACAGUAUCCCGGAAAGGAAACUAGAUUUGGACGAAGAAUAUUUGCAUUCUGUCUGUAUUAAGCCACCAGAGACCCACCAACUUGUAAUGGAACCGCUUCCUAAAAGACUUCUGGACCAAAUAAAGGAAAGAUUAAAGAUUGAAUGGUUUAUGAAUGUAAUAAUAAGGGACAUUAUCUUACACAUCUUCUAUUUAUCUGUGAUAUUGACCAUGGUUCAUGCACAUCGCAACAUCACUCAUGCUUUUCGAAAUUCCGAAACAGUCAGGUCGUUGUUUGUGAGUCCUUCCGAUGGGUUUCAGUUGGAAGAGGUAACAAACGCAGAGGAAUUUUACAUGUACCUGCAUGAAACAGUAAUACCUGCAAUGGCCGAUAUAACUGCUGAUCAUGAGUAUGCCACGCAAGGGUCCAAUCAUUACCUUGUCGGAACGUACAGGUUGCGGCAACUUAAAAUCAAACGAGCCGGUUGUGCAGCAGUAAUGUAUGGUUUACCUGGUGAUUGUAAAGGGCCAUACUCAAUGGAUAAGGAAGAUACGAGAGAUUAUAAUCAGUCUUGGUCAGAACCUCUAUCAGAUUAUGAUGAUAUUGUUGAAAUUGAUCGAUGGACACAUCGCAGUACUUGGGAUCUACAAACUUUACCGUAUCCUGGAACACAUGCAACAUAUUCGGGUGGUGGAUAUGUUUUAGAACUGCCAGCAAAUGUGUCCCUUCAUUCAGCCAUUUUCUCCAGUAUGUUCAAUGAAGGCUGGAUAGAUGAUUACACACGAGCAGUGUUCUUAGAGUUCACACUAUAUAACCCGAACGUUGAUCUUUUCACUGUAUGCAUGUACCUUUUUGAAUUUACCAACGUUGGGCUUGUAUUACCAAUGAAUCAUGAGUUCACUUCAAACCUUUAUCACUACUCGACAGAUUACCAGAUUGUCGUCGCAGUUUGUGAAGUGUUGUUUGUGUGUUUCACUAUUCUUAUCGUUUUUGUUGAAGUCAAAAAAUUAAAACAUGUUGGAAAAUCAGAAUACUUUUCAGAUGUUUGGACAUUCGUUGAACUUGCGCAGAUUGCUCUGUCUAUCGCCGUUUUAGGGUUGUUUAUUAAAAGAUUUGUUACUGUAGACAAAGUUCUCCAAGAAUUCAAAGACUCACAAGGUAAAUACUUCAUAAACUUCUACUCCGCAAUAUUCUGGGACUUUGUUUUUGGUUAUGUAUCGGCCGUUCUAAUUACUCUGGUGACACUGAAGACUGUGAAACAUGUGCGAUACAACAAAAGAAUACAUAUCGUUUCCGAAACCUUAAGCAUUGUCCGAAGUGUUUUUCUUGGAUAUGUGUUAAUGUUUGCAAUUGUAACCAUAGCCUUCUCACAUAUUGGGUACUUGAUGUUCGGUUAUUACAUGGGGGAUUACAAAACAUUUUACGACUCUUGGGUUGCAAUAAUAAUUGUUCUUUUAGGCAUUGGAGAUUUUGUUGGAAUGCAAGAUUCUGCACGAGUCUUUGGGCCUUUGUUCAUUGUAGCCGUUAUAAUGACGUGCCAAUACGGGCUUAUGGUCAUGAUGACAACGAUAUUGAACGUUGGAAGGCUUGAGGCAAAACAUAAACUAUCAAAAAAGAAGAGCAAGAUUGCGCUGACUAAAUACAUAAUCAGUAGAGUGAAAUUGAUCCUUAACAUUAAGUAAAACAGAACGAAAGAAAUCAUUUGUGUUAAAAUGAGUAAGUGAGCGAUAGCAAAUAAGACUUUUUCCGCUCGGGGAAAAAAACGAAAUAUGUUUUAUAAUAUGAAAAGGGAAUUAACAGAGAAUACAUUUGUAUGUAAAGUUGCCAACAUUUAUGAAUUCUAGAUGUAACAUCAAUCAAGUGAUUGUUAGAGCGAAAAGCACAAGAUGUUCAUGUUUUAAAUAACAGUGAUACCAUAGUACUUACAAAUUGUUCAUUCACGACAGAAAAUUAUAUCCAUAGGUGAUCAAGAGGCUCUUUCUAUAAGCAAAAAACAUCCGUUUGUUUCAUGUGUAGAAAAUAUUUGCAUCCAUGUUAUUUACUAACAUGAAAGUAUUAAUACAAGUUUUCAGAUACAAUAAUAUUGUAGUGCUAGAAGUUAUUUUGAAAUGUUAUCUUUUUCCUCGCGUUUGUUAAUUUGUUUUUAUUGUGUUGUGAACGGACGCACUGGAAGACUGUAAAUACGUUAAUAGUUAAAGGUUUAUUAUAUUGACAUAAAACAUAUUUUAAUCAUGUUGUACUAGCAUAAAAUUUGAAGGGAUUUAAAUACGUUGAAGUUUGGUUAUAUUGACAUUGAAUCAUGUUGCAUACCUUUUGAAAGGAUGUUAAUACGUUGAUAGUUGAAGUUCAGAUAUAUUAAUAUCAUACAGUUGAUCAUGUUGCAUACUUUCUGAAAGAAUUAAAUACAUUGAUAGUUUAAGUUUUAACUAUACUGGUAUCAUGUAUUCAUUUGAAUCAUGUUGCAUACCUUUUAACUUGUAACAUGGAGAUAAUUGAAAUUGAUUGUAUUGAUGUAAAGCAUAUACUUAAAUCAUGUUAUUUUUUUUAUUAAAUUUUAAAGCAAACACUUGAUCUAACCUAACAAUAAAUCUUUUUACAUAGUGGUUUCUUUGUAACCUGGCUUCCAUUUAAAGUAUGGAACUGAAUUUGUAUUGUACAUUUUAUGACACUACCGUCCAAAUUCAUGAUAUUGUCUGACCAAAUUAUUUUUGAGAGAGGAAAUUGAUUUCAAUGAUGUGGUCACAAGCUUUAAUAGAAAUAAGGUACUUUGCAAUGCAGGUUUUACAUUUCCCUGAGUAGUUUAUUUUUUGUUUGCAUGAAACAUAGCUCCGUAUUAUUUCAGUUGUAUAUGAGCAUGUUUUUUUUAUCAAAACUUAUUUGAAAGCAGAAAAUAUGCUUUUGGUGUUAUGAUAAAAUAUUGCUGUGCGCCAGAA